CAGAUGAACUCCUGGGUCACGCGAUUCGGCAUAGGUUCGGUUGGAGGUAGCGGGGGACGACAUGGGCGGCGAGGAGAAGUCGCGGCGACGACGGCGGCACUCUCGGUCUCCUUCUUCUUCCCCUUCCUCGCUAGAUGAGGAGGAGACGAGCCGAAAGCGCCGGAAGAGAGACGGACGGGAAAAGAAGAGCCGGAAGGACGAGAGUCGUAGUAAGGAGAGGAAGAAGGAGAAGAAGCGUGACGAGUCGCCCGAGCAUUCCAAAAGUCGUGAUGGGAAAGAAAAGAAAUCGAAGGAGAAGCACAAGCGUAGAAGAAAGGAGAUGGGUUCGUUUGAAGAGCUUUCCAAGGAUGACUAUUUUGCCAAGAACAAUGAGUUCGCGACCUGGUUGAAGGAAGAGAGAGGCAUAUAUUUCUCUGAGCUAUCGUCGGACGCAGCAAGGGAGCUGUUUUCAGGGUUUAUCAAAGAGUGGAACAGUGGAAAAUUGCAGCCGGUGUAUUAUGAGGGCAUUGCUAGCGGACCCCGGACAGCUCAUAACUGGAGGAUUAAACAUGAAAAAUAGGCCGUGAGAUCCAUGGAUGAAUCUUUGAAGCUUCAAAGUGCCGAAUCUCUACCUUUUUUGUUGCUCCUAUUGCUGUGUAAGCGCUUAGUGACAUCUAGUGUGCUUGUUUCUGUAACCAAACACAUUUUCUCUUCCAGUUAAUAGAUAUGUUGUUUUGAUUCACAA